CAAAGUUGUGCUGCCUGCUUCAGGAUAGUGUGGCCAACACGUGUAGUGCGGACGGAUGAGGCCAAGUGCUCUGGACACGUGAAUUUCGAUUGCUUGCUCCAUUAAUUCAAUAAUAACAGUUUAAGUAAUAUACUGGACGAUAUCAUAAGUUGCAGCACUUCAAAUUAUCUACAUUUGAGUAUUUAUUUGCCAACGUUACUGUUCAUCCAGUGAGCACAACCAUGAAGUACAUCCUGGUGACUGGUGGUGUGAUCUCUGGCAUUGGAAAGGGCAUCAUUGCCAGCAGUGUGGGUACCAUCCUCAAGUCGUGUGGAUUACACGUGACUGCCAUUAAGAUCGACCCUUAUAUCAACAUUGAUGCAGGCACUUUCUCCCCCUAUGAACAUGGUGAGGUUUUUGUGCUGGAUGAUGGUGGAGAGGUUGAUCUGGAUCUGGGAAACUAUGAGCGUUUCCUAGACAUCCGGCUCACGCGAGACAACAAUCUGACCACAGGAAAAAUCUACCAGUCUGUCAUCAAUAAAGAGCGGAGGGGAGACUACCUGGGCAAGACGGUGCAGGUUGUGCCACACAUCACAGAUGCUAUUCAGGAGUGGGUAAUGCGGCAGGCCCGAGUGCCCGUGGACGAUGAUGACGUGGAGCCACAAGUGUGUGUGAUCGAGCUGGGUGGGACUGUUGGAGACAUUGAGAGCAUGCCUUUCAUCGAAGCCUUCCGGCAGUUCCAGUUCAAAGUGAAGAGAGAGAACUUCUGCAACAUCCACGUCAGCCUCAUCCCACAGCCCAGUGCAACAGGAGAACAGAAGACGAAACCCACUCAGAACAGCGUGAGGGAGUUGAGAGGUCUCGGACUGUCCCCUGACCUGAUCAUGUGCCGGUGUGCCACUCCUUUGGAAAACUCGGUCAAAGAGAAGAUUUCCAUGUUUUGCCAUGUGGAACCCCAACAGGUGAUCUGUGUGCACGACGUCUCGUCCAUCUAUAGAGUUCCGCUCCUGCUGGAGGACCAGGGAGUGGUCGACUACUUCUGCCGCAGGCUGGACCUGUCCAUCGAGAUGCGGCCCAGGAAGAUGCUGGCCAAGUGGAAGGAGAUGUCCGACAGGUCUGACCGACUCCUUGAGCACUGUUCUAUUGCCCUGGUUGGCAAAUACACUAAGCUGUCCGACUCCUACGCCUCCGUCAUCAAAUCCCUGGAGCACUCCGCUCUAGCCAUCAGCCACAAACUGGACAUCAAGUAUAUUGACUCUGCAGAUCUGGAGGCUGCUACCCUGCAGGAGGAGCCGGUGAAGUACCACGAGGCCUGGCAGAAGCUGUGCAGUGCAGAUGGCAUCCUGGUACCUGGGGGCUUCGGCGUACGAGGAACUGAAGGAAAGAUUGAAGCCAUCAGUUGGGCGAGAAAACAGAAGAAGCCAUUCCUAGGUGUGUGCUUGGGUAUGCAGCUGGCCGUGUGUGAGUUUGCAAGAAACAUGCUUGGCUGGACAGAUGCCAACUCCACAGAAUUCGACCCGGAUUCCAAACACCCGGUGGUGAUUGACAUGCCAGAACACAAUCCAGGGCAAAUGGGUGGGACCAUGAGGCUUGGAAAGAGACGCACCAUAUUCAAGACCAAGUCCUGUAUAUUAAGAAAACUGUAUGGCGACGUCGACUUUGUUGAUGAAAGACAUAGACAUCGUUUUGAAGUGAACCCAGAGCUAAAACAUCACUUUGAGGAGAAGGGCUUUCACUUUGUAGGCCAGGAUGUGGAGGGAGAGAGGAUGGAAAUUAUUGAACUAGAUGAUCACCCGUAUUUCGUAGGGGUGCAGUACCACCCGGAAUUCACCUCCAGACCCAUCAAGCCUUCACCUCCUUACUUUGGACUUCUGCUCGCCGCUGCAGGGAAACUACACAGCUACCUCCAGAGAGGCUGCCGCCUGUCGCCACGAGACACCUAUAGUGACCGCAGUGGCAGCAGUUCCCCAGACUCCGAGAUCGCCGAACUCAAAUUACCCAGCAUUGCUCAGGACUGACCCACUGGUGGAGAUCAAGGGCGUGGCGAUUUUUACAGUGACUCGGAUGCACUGACGUACAGGGAUGGACGCCUUGGGGAACUCGGACCUCGGAUUUUAAAUGCCGCCUUCUUUUUUUCAUUUCCUUUCCUUUUAUUUCUCUUGCACAAGUUGUGAUAUCAAACCGUGGUUCUUUUUAUAUUUGUAUAGAUUUGUAACGGCGCGUUAGUUUUCAGCUUCUCAUUACUACUAUGGAUUCCAGACGUUAUCAUCCAUGCUUUUUAAACACUAGCUAGGCUAGUAACAAACCUGGUCAGAUAUCAGUUGAAUUGUACAUUGUGUGUGCAUAUAUAUAUUUUCAGGUUAAUUUCCCAGAUCUCUUCAUCGUACUCUGUGGUCAUUCAUUGUAUUUAAGUCUGUAUUCUUUUGUGUGAAAACUGUAUUAACAAAAGGUCAUACUGACUCUGACUCUGUGCAGGGAUGAAGUUAUUUAUUUUGGCAUGCAGCAGUAUUUUGGGGGUAGUCAGAAUGGAUGUCCUCAGGGAUAGCUUUGAUGGGUCAGUCAGUUAGUCCCCCCUCAAAUGGUUCCAUGUCUAGUUUUCCUCAGUUCAGUUACAGAUGACUGGACACAUCAGAGACAGUCAACUCGCCGUAUUCACCUGGCAGCAAGAACGAGGCUAAAGGGUACACUUGCAUUACACCUCAGUCCAGCAGAUGGUGGUGGUAACUUUGUUUGCAAACUGCCAAAAUACUCACUGAAGAAGAAUAGGCCAGUGAACCCUUCUUUUUUUUCCGGCAGUUUGCAAACAGAGUGCAUUACCACCACCAUCUGCUGGACUCAAGUGUAAUGGCAAGUGUACCCUUUAGCCUUGUUCCGGCUGCUGGAUGAACAAGGCUGCAGCAGCACAUGUGAGACCAUUAACUGCAUGUAUGUGUGUGUGUGUGUGUGUAUAUAUAUAUAUAUAUAUAUAUCUCUCUACAGUCAAUGUUUGAGACACCCACCCACCACAUGUAUUUAGGGUGCUUGUACCCUUGUACGUUUAUGGAAAUGUCACUUUUGGAAUGCGGAAGGGUAGACGGACAACAGGAAGUGGAAGUCCCACCUCAUGCUGUUAACUUUACAGGACAGUGGUCUGCCUGUCCCAGUAAAUCACAAAAGUGCUCUCAGGUCACCUCUGUGUGAAGAUGCACAUGAAUGGGAUCUAUAGUGAUCCCACAGCACUAGGACCAAUCGGCUUAGUUUGCCAUGAUGGUAAAAACUCCUGAAUGAGUAACAAUUUUCUGAAUUAUACCCAGAGACAUUUUCAUUUAGUUGGUCAGCAGCAAUAUAUUGCAAAUGAGGGCAUUUAGCAGUUCACUGCUGACUCAGUGAGUCAGGGUUGCUCCAUGCAAGCUGAUGCAUCAAUGCAAUUUGUUUUCCAUGCCUAUCCAUCAUGAGUGGCAUUUGGCUGUGAUGGGGAAACUGAAUAAAUGUUGAGUUGUUGGGCUGAAA